AUGUCAUUCAUGGUGAAGAAGAAACGAUACAAGUUUACUGUUAAUCUUUGCCUUGAAGAUUUAACAGCCGUCCCAUUUGUCAAUGCUGUGUUGUUUGCCAAAGUUCGGUUACUGGAUGGCGGGAAUUUCAGUGAUACUUCAUCCAGAGAGGAGGUUCGAGAUCACACUGUCCGAUGGGGUGCUAAAUUCGAGUUCGUCUGUAAGAUGAGCGCCAACGCUUCCACCGGGAUAAUGGACCCGUGUAACCUUCGAAUUUCUGUUCGCAAAGAAUUGAAAGGUGGUCGUAGCUUUCAAAAACUCGGUUUCACCGAUGUGAAUUUGGCUGAAUUGGCUGGAGCUGGGUUGAGUUCGAGGCGCUGUUUACUGGAAGGGUACGAUACCCGGCACCAUCGACAGGACAACUCGAUGCUCCGGAUAUCUGUGUCCAUGAACAUGUUAGCCGGAGACAUAUUGUUCAAAGUGCCAACAUCCGCCUUAAAUCAAAAACCCACUACCAAUGGUGAUAUCCCGCAACGCGAAGAUACCGAAUACCCGAGCAGCGGAUUCGGUAGUUUGCCGAAUACGCGAUCCUUAUUUCCAUCAGACAUUCCAUCCAUGAGCGGUUUAGAGAAACACGACGCAGUGUCCGAGUCGAAUCAAAAUCAUUCGGAACAAUUAGAAGACGAUGCGAUGGUGAUGGUACACGACAACGCCGCCGCGCCCACGGCCACUAACCACUUGGCCGGCUCGAGUGGACAUUCCCGUAACUCAUCGAACACCAGCAAAGGCUCUAGUUCUCACAACUCUCAUUCGAGACACAGCAGUUCCGGUGACAGCGGGCACGUCCGGUCGCCGUCCUGGCCCGUGUGGUCGCCUAGUCUGUUGCCGCCGCCGGCCACGCCUCCACCGUCGCCGCCGCAUCAACAGCACCCUCAGCAGCCUCCCACUACGCCCUUGUGGAGCAGCCCUCGGUCAAGAUUCUGGUCGCUACGCCAGGCCAAACACCAGCCGCCGUCGCCUCAAGUGUGCACCCACCAGGACGCAUUCCGGACUCCGGACAACAAGCACGGCGGAGGGUUCCGGUUCCCGCCGUGGUCCGGACCGUCGCCCCGGACCAACUCGUCACCUGGCCUGUCGCCCCUUACCCCAGAUUCCCCUAAUAGCCUGACGUCAAGCGGCACGGCCAUAUCCGCGUCCCAAGCAUCUCCCGUGCUCAGCGGUGUCGAGACCGGUUCGUUAGAUCGCGGCAAAGCUGCCUUGGAGCGGCGCAACAAGAAGUCGGCCGCGACGGGUGGCAGUGUCACCGACGAUGGCUGUGCAAAGGCCACUGGGCGCGUGGAGGUGACCAGGGUCAACCCGGAUAGUCUCAUUGACCAGCUGCUCAGGGCCACCAACCUGGACGACCAUUCGGCUGACGAGGACAAUAAGCCCAGAUCGGGGCUACAGUUGUUCAUUGCCAAAGACGGUACGACCACACUUGGCAGUCAGGACGUCAAGUGUCACAUGUCUAACAGUCUGUUUAAACAGGUUGUGAUGGAAGACAAUAGAUAA